UUAGAAAUUCAUUCUUUUAUACGUGAAGUGCAUUUUGAUCAUGAGAUGUAGUGAUCACGUUAUUCGAUUAUUGACCUUACCAAUGCAAUUUAAGUAUCGUAACUUAGUUACUGGUGAGGGAGUAAUGUUAGAACACUUUGCAUUUCACUAUCUUGUCAGUAGAUGGCUGCACCAGUCCAAUACAUUGGAUUUGAACUUAGCAUUUCAGUGGCCUGGUGAUAGCCCACAUUGGAACUGCCUGGUACAGCCUCAGUUGAAAGUAUUUUAUGUGCAUUACUAUGAAACAUGGAAUGUUGAUGUUGCUCUGCAUCCUAAUAAUAUAGUAUUUAUUGACAGAGAGCUUAUUAUUGUACCUGUUCCUGAUGAUGAUGAAAUACCCAGCGAAGCCACAGCUUUCGCCUCGACCAAGCCCACUGCCUGUUUUGGUAACAUCUUGGCCCAGUGAAAUCAAACUAGCGCAUUGGAGAAAGAACUUGAAAUCGCGAAUAUGCGAAAGGAGUUGUCUCAGAAUAUGUCGUCUUUGACAGCAGAAUCGUCAAAGGACAGUUUAGAAAAUUUAAUUAAGAGUAUUAAAACGCUGUGUAUCCCAGUA